CUGUCGGCCGGCAGACGAUACUUUCCCAGCCACAAGAAGGAGACGAGAAUCAGGACUAAAGCACUCGGAGACGCAUUUGGAUUACUCUCACGCUUUCCUACCGGAAUCUAUCCUUUGCAGUUUCACUUGGGGUGUUUGGAUUUGCCUACUACUGAUUAUUUGACAACAUCAUGACUCUGGAAGAAGUCGUUGGAGGCAAUAUUACUGAUAAAAAGAUGGAUGCUGUGAGUCAAGCCUUAGAGGAGCUGCUGGUAGCAGCACAGAGACAAGACUGCCUUACUGUCGGCGUUUACGAAUCUGCAAAGCUAAUGAAUGUUGAUCCAGACAGCGUGGUGCUGUGCGUUCUGGCCACUGACGAGGAGGACGAGGACGAUAUCGCUCUUCAGAUUCAUUUCACUCUCCUGCAAGCUUUCUGCUGCGAGAACGACAUCAACAUCCUGCGUGUGUCCGGGCUGAGGCGCCUGGCGCAGGUGAUCGGAGAGCCGAGCUCCAACGAGAGCAACAAUAACGGCGAGCCUAGAGACUUCCACUGCAUCCUCGUCACUAAUCCUCAAUGCCAGCCUCUGAAAUGCCAGGCUCUGAAGGAGGUGGGGAACUACUGCGAUGAGAGCCGCUGCAGGAACCAGUGGGUGCCUUGCCUGUCACUCCGCGAGCGCUGAAGCACAGCGAGCUGCGAUCGCGCGGAAAAUCAUACCAAACCGUCUGGUUCAGUGAAGAGCGGAAGGAAAGAAAGAGGCGAGGGGGGCUUUUUCUUUUUACCGCUCUGCGUCAGCUACCGUUCAGCCAAGACGCUGGAGGAAACACAAAGGAAAGUUCCUUGGGGCUGAUGUUGGGCUUCUCGGCCCAGUUUCGUCCUCCGCUACGAAGGAGCGUUGUUCUGCGGUGGUAGAGAAGAAGGAGGAGGAGGUGGAGGUGGAGAGAGAGAGAGAGAGAACCGUAGGACCACGCGAUGUGGGGGGACUAAGUGCCCGCAUGCGCGCUGCGUAGGAGCGCGUGCACUCGGUUUCCCAUAAGCCAUGGACAGAAAUCGAGAGAGAGAGAGAGACUGUCCGGCAUUGUAGAAACCUAGCUGUAGGACACCUGCUGCUGGACUUCAUUGCUUAACAUUGCAAUUUCUCAUUUGUUGGACUAACAUCUUUUAAAACAUCUUUAUGCUACUAUAUAGACAUGUGGAAUGCAGCUGCUUUUUAAUGACUGCAAACAGGCCAGUGUUAGAAGACAUGUGGAUGUCUGAGUCACUGUGGACAUACAUACUAUGAAAUGCUGUUUUGUAACUUAUUUCCCAUAACUUAAAAAGAGUAAUAUAUGUGUCUGAAUAUCAUGUGAACAUCAUUGCUGUCUCAAUAAAUUAUUGUGUGGAAAUGAA